GUUCCUAUUAGAUUUAUUAUUUCUUUAUAGGUAUCUCUCGCGCUGAUGUACAAACGCGCGGUAAGCAUCUUACGACUCGUCCCCCGCCUCUGCUUUGUUUGCUUGUGUCAAUAAGCCCUUACAGCUCAAGCACUUUACGUAACAGAGCGACCCAGGACAGAGCACGUUUUAUUAACAGAGCAACCCGUAACAGAUCACCUCUCCAAGGCUCAGCAGAUUGGCUAAAAUGCACUAAGAAGUCCGGUGACUUUUGAGUGGAAGAUUCCAGACAAAAGCGUUGAAUAAUUUGCCUUUUUUCGUGAGUGCGGUGAUAAAACUCUUUCUGUCAUUUCAGGGUGGCGGAGAUUCAGGCCAAUGUUUCCCUGUACUGCAGUGUGGCGCAAUUGGCGAGUUUUAACAACGUGUUGAUAUUGGUCUCGGUCAUGAUGGCGGGCAUGAUCAGUGCGGAGCGAUUCCUCGCCCUCCAUCUUAACACUAGGUACUCCUCUGUAGUUACCCGAGCUCGUAGUGUCAAGAUCAUCCUCGUGCUCUGGGUCAUCUCUGUGUGCCUGGGCGCCAUCAUACCGCUGAUAUCGGUGUACGUAUUUAGUACCGUCCUACUGUCAAUUGUAUCCAGUCUCCUUCUUGCCAUGAUUGCGUCUUACUGGAAGUGUUACCACACCCUUCGUAACCUCAAGAGGAGGGCCAGGGCGAGAGAGCGUGCGGACUUUGUAAAACGCUUAGAAGACGCGGGCAAACAGCAACCAGGUGCCCCAGUUCAGUUCAACAGUUCUACUUACCUAGAGUUACCUAGCAACCGUCUCACGCCAAGCAACCUGACUCAUGGCAACCAAGAAACGCCGAGCAACAUAGAGGUACACAGUAACCAGAGCGCGACUAGUUAUUUGACCCUGCCUAACAACCAAGUAACCCAUGGCAACUUGGAUUUGCCUAACAACCAAGUAACGCCUAGAGAUCAAGUGGAGCCUAGCAACCAAGUGAAGCGCAGCAACCAAGUUAUGGCUAGCAACCAAGUGAUGCCUAGACACCUAGUGACGCCUGGUAACACAGAGGCGGCUGGUGGUCAGGACCAGGAAAUAGACGGUCAAGAUGACCAGACUUCGUCUAGCAGUGCUGGACGAGCUAAUCUUGGAUACGUGUACACACAUUCCGAUAUCAAGAUAAACUGGGCGAAAAUCCACCCGUGGAAAACUGGGUCUUAUAAGGUGCAUUAUCACAGCAGGCCUCAGAAUAGUCAAUUUAGCGAGGAGAAAGUAGAAAACGUGAUUAUCAUCAAGAACCAGCCCAAGUGUGAUGACCAGUGGGGCAAAAGCGGCCAAGCCCCUCCCGAUACUAUGAACUACACAAGGACACCCAAGAUAAACCUUUACAAGUACGAGAAGGUGUCUAGGACCAUGGUCCUCCUAAUCGCUCUCCUCUUCGCUAGUUAUACUACGUACCUGGUUGUCAUGCCAACCGUGUAUUUCAUAUUUGGCUAUAACGAGGUGUUCAAGUUUUGCAGCGAUGUCGGGAUGACUGUGGUCUACAUUAACUCCACUAUUAACCCACUCAUCUAUCUAGUGCGCAUGCGCCAAGUGAGACACUGCUGCUUGGCAUUCUUUAGGCGCUGCUUAUUGCGUCCCGUUCGUUAGAAUACCAUUCAUAACGUCACAUCUGAUAGGAACCCUUGGAAAAUUCGAUUUUUAAUGUAUCAAAUAAUAGAAGGAAAAGAGUGUUAUUUUUAUAAAUGAUGAGAGUUUUCAAUAUUCAUUUUUGACAACUCUACCCUAGCAGGACUCUACCCUAGCAGGACUCUACCCUAGCAAGACUCUACUCUAGCAAGACUCUACCCUAGCAAGACUCUACCCUAGCAAGACUCUACCCUAGCAGGACUCUACUCUAGCAGGACUCUACUCUAGCAAGACUCUACCCUAGCAAGACUCUACCCUAGCAGGACUCUACUCUAGCAGGACUCUACCCUAGCACGACUCUACCCUAGCAGCACUCUACCCUAGCAAGACUCUACUCUAGCAAGACUCUACUCUAGCAAGACUCUACCCUUGCAAGACUCUACCCUAGCAGGACUCUACCCUAGCAGGACUCUACCCUAGCAAGACUCUACUCUAGCAAGACUCUACUCUAGCAAGACUCUACCCUAGCAGGACUCUACCCUAGCAAGACUCUACCCUAGCAAGACUCUACCCUAACAAGACUCUACCCUAGCACGACUCUACUCUAGCACGACUCUAUCCUAACAAGACUCUACCCUAACAAGACUCUACCCUAGCAGGACUCUACCCUAGCAGGACUCUACCCUAACAAGACUCUACCCUAGCAGGACUCUACCCUAGCAAGACUCUACUCUAGCAAGACUCUACUCUAGCAAGACUCUACCCUAGCAAGACUCUACCCUAACAAGACUCUACCCUAGCAGGACUCUACCCUAACAAGACUCUACUUUAGCAGGACUCUACCCUAGCAAGACUCUACCCUAACAAGACUCUACCCUAGCAGGACUCUACCCUAGCAGGACUCUACCCUAGCAGGACUCUACCCUAGCAAGACUCUACUCUAGCAAGACUCUACUCUAGCAAGACUCUACCCUAGCAAGACUCUACCCUAACAAGACUCUACCCUAGCAGGACUCUACCCUAACAAGACUCUACUUUAGCAGGACUCUACCCUAGCAGGACUCUACCCUAGCAAGACUCUACCCUAACAAGACUCUACCCUAGCAGGACUCUACCCUAGCAAGACUCUACUUUAGCACGACUCUACCCUAACAAGACUCUACCCUAGCAAGACUCUACCCUAGCAAGACUCUACCCUAGCACGACUCUACUUUAGCACGACUCUACCCUAAAAAGACUCUACCCUAGCAGGACUCUACUCUAGCAAGACUCUACCCUAGCAGGACUCUACCCUAGCAGGACUCUACCCUAGCAAGACUCUACCCUAGCAGGACUCUACCCUAACAAGACUCUACCCUAGCAGGACUCUACCCUAGCAAGACUCUACCCUAGCAGGACUCUACUCUAGCACGACUCUAUCCUAACAAGACUCUAACCUAGCAGGACUCUACCCUAGCAAGACUCUACCCUAGCAAGACUCUACCCUAGCAGGACCCUACUCUAGUAGGACUCUACCCUUGCAAGACUCUACUCUAGCAGGACUCUACCCUAGCACGACUCUACCCUAGCAAGACACUACUCUAGCAAGACUGUACCCUUGCAAGACUCUACUCUAGCACGACCCUACUCUAGUACGACUCUACCCUAGCACGAAUAAAUCUUUUUUGACUUUUGAA